AUGGCCACUGACUGUGAAAUACCGAAAGAUCAUCGUGACAUUCAGACCAAUAAAAGGUCCAAAAUUAAUGAAAAUAGACCAAAUUUAAGGAAUCCUACCAGUAACACUAAUAAUAUUCAUAAUAAUACUAAGAAAAAUAAGCUUUCUCACUGGAUGAAGAAGUUUAUUCAACCUACAAAGGAUAUAAAUAAUAUCAAUUCCAACCAUAAGAAAACUAGGCAGAAACCACAAGCCAAUAUAAGCUAUCGUCAUAAUGAAACCAAGACAAUAAGUUCAUCUUUACGCCCCAUUGUAACAAAAUCAUCCAAAAAUGAUUUACAAUCUGUAGAGUCGACGAAGUUUCUACAAUGGGAUAAUGAACCAGAUAGAGUGACGACUAAAUCAUCGGUCAUCAUACAGGAUAAUGCAAGUAUAGCGCCACUCAUAUCUUUUUGUUCCUCAUCGGUUAAAUCUUCUACAUUUUCUGAUAUUCAUUCCAUACAAUCAACGAAACCAACUGUUAUGUCAAUAAGAACAUUAGAAACAAAUUCAAGUAUCAUGGCAAUACCUCCUGCCAGUAUAUUAGAUAGGGGUAGACAAAACUUAAUUAAUGGUAGUAAUAACUCCAUUUGUAACACUAGUAUGUCUGCUACUGCUACGAGUAGUAAGUAUAUGCCCCUGCAGAGACAUAACAGUUCACAUACAAUAACUUCGAUAAUGACAAUAAAAUCGUGA